AUGUCUCUUACAAACUGGAGACAGUUCCCAUUCUUCGAAUGUGUCCCGAUCCAGGACCCGCACUACGGCACGGCGAACGCGCUCUACUCCGCUUCGGACGUCAGCGCCAUUGCCGCGACGCCCGACCUGCUUGUUCUCGCUUCGUCGCAGGCUUCCAUUAAGCUGGUCAACAGAGAGUACGAGCCGGUAUUCGAGUUCCAGGCGUACGACCUCGGCUGGGAUAUAACACGGCUGGUAUUUGUGCCGUUUGGAGGUGCCGGACACUCAGGAUUUUUGUGCUCAAUCGCCGAAAAACAGGGAUUUCCAGUGACGCUCAAGCUGUGGGACCUGCCCAAGCUGGAGAAACACAAAAAGAUAGACUACAACAGCGACUACCACUCGCUCUGUCAAGUAACAAACGGGACGAACGACUUUCCGCUGACCUGUUUCGACGCCACGGCGGACUUCACCGUGCUUGUGUUUGGGUUUGCCAACGGGACGGUUAUCGUCGUCAGAGGCGACCUGCUCCACGACAGGGGCUCUCGACAGCGAGUCGUGUACGAGUCGCGGGACCCGAUUACCAGCGUACACUUCCGCGACGAAGGUGUGCUCUACGUGUCGAACGUGUCGAAAAUACUGACGAUUCCAACCACGGGCAGAAACCAGGGCCGGCCAGACCGCAUUCUGGACGAGUCUCAGGGGGUAGACAUCAACUGCAGCGCCAUGCUUGAGGACCGAAAACGCAACUUGGUGGUUGCCCGCGACCGGAGUCUUCAAUUCUACAACCUGCGCGGAAAGACACACAAUCUCCUGCUCGACAUACCGAAAAGACGCAUUUUUGCCUACAAAGACAGAUACGUGGUGAUUGAGUCCAGUGUGAGCUCGAACCUGACCGCCGCUUCAUCAGUUGUCACAAAUAAGCUUGUUAUCGUGGAUGUGAUCAACAAGUUCAUUGCGCUGAACCAGACGAUCUCCAGUUCUGUGGUUGAUAUUCUGACUUUGUGGGACGAUCUCUACGUGUUCACGUCUGGCGGAUUGCUCUUCCAACUGAAAGAGAAGGACCUCACCGAGAAAUUGAACAUUCUCGUACAGCACGAGCUUUUCAAUUUAGCCAUCUCUCUCGCAGAAAACGAGAACUGCAGCACACAGAAGCUGCUCGAAAUCCACAAACAGUAUGGCAAUCACCUUUACGAGAAGGGAUACUUCGAACAGGCAAUCAAGCAGUACAUGGACAGCGUCGAUCUAGGAAAAACCAGUGAGGUGAUACAGAAGUACAAGGAAAGCUCGAAAAUUCCGUAUCUGGUUGAGUAUCUCGAGAAGCUGAUACAGCUGGGGAAGUCAACGGUUGACCAUACGACGCUUUUGCUCUGCUGCUAUUGCAAACUCAAGAGGCCAGAGGCGGUGCUUAGCUACGUUGAAAACGUGUCCAUGAACGAGGACUAUGAGAUCACAGAACCCUCCAAACAGUUCGACAUGCCAACCGUCAUCAGCACAUGCAGAGAAAGCGGGUACUACGUCCUGGCCGCUAACAUCGCCAAGAAGUUCAAUGAUCCGUCCACCGUGGUCGACAUACAGCUGCACGACAUGAAGAAUCCAAGCUUGACGAUGAAAUACAUCCGCACCUUGCCUGUUGACGAUCUUCUCCGCGUGCUGAUUGAUAAAGUGAAGUGGUUUUUGGACAGUCUUCCCAACGAGUGCAAUUUGCUUCUGAUUGACGUUUUCACGGGAAAAUACAGCCCAGAGCCCGAGUUCGACCUGGCGGACCUCGCAACGGUUCCAAAAUCAAACACCAACCAUCCUAUCCUGACCUCAUACAAGCAGUUCGUGGCGUUCAUGAACUUGGCGGACAGCGAGGAGCCGCAAGCGGCGCAGCCAACGUAUCUUCCUCCACGGCCGCGAAUCAUCUUCCAAUCGUUUGUGGACCACCCAAACGAAUUUGUCGUCUUUCUGGAAGCCUGCAUCGAGAGCUACGACAAGUUCGGCGGUGACGAAAAGGACAAAAAGGAUAUCAUGGUGACGCUAUACGAGAUGUACCUCACCAUGUCUAAGAAUGGCGACGAGGAGACCAAAUCCAAAUGGCAAUCAAAGGCCAAGACCCUGCUGGAGAACAUCCAGAAAAGCAAAUGGAACCUUGAGGACCAGACAAAUCUGUUACUGCUGUCCAAUCUGGGAGACUACACCGAGGCAGAGAUUGCUAUCAGAGAGGCCACCGACGACUCGGCUCAAGGAUUUGAACUCGACAUGUUCAGGUCAACUAUCCUGACAGGAAAUUAUCAAAAAUCGUUGGAAGUCAUUGAGAAGUACGGCGAGAAAGAGCCUGAUCUAUACAAGCUGGCACUAUCUGUAUACACAUCGUCUGAGGAGAUAUUCAACCGUGUUGGAGAAGAGAAAGUGGCCGAAUUGAUAUGGAAGAUCGACUCGCUUAAAUCUAUGACUCCGCUGGAGGUGGUGAAACUCCUCAGUAUGACCUCCUUUGUCAAGCUCGGGCUUAUUAAAAAUUAUCUAAUCGAGCAGAUCCGCCGACAAAAACGUGACAUGGAGAAUAACGAGAAGCUGAUCGACUCGUAUCAAAAGGAGGCGUCUGCGGUCGCAGAAGAACUCUCAAAACAGAACACAGAGCCACAGGUCAUCAACCGGUCGAAAUGUUCUUCGUGCAACCGGCCGUUGUCGUUCCCAUUAGUGCAUUUUCGAUGCUCGCAUUCCUUUCACGAAAGCUGUCUGACAAACGAGUUCUCCCAAUCUUCAUCCAGCGACCAAACCUGUCCGAAAUGCUCUGGAGAGCUGGACACAAUGACCAUUCUCACCAAACAGCACGAGGAGCUCGGAAAACGCAACGAUCUCUUCAAAGCCAGCUUGAUGGAUAGCACUGACAGGUUCAAGGUGAUGAUGGGAUUUUUCGGCCGCGGUGCGAUGCAGGAAACCAGAACGAUAUGGCAUGAUAAAUAG